UUGUUGAACCAAGUCCUACUCCAGUCUCUACUCCUAAUUCUCUAGUUGUUGAACCAAGUUUUACACCCUCUUCUGCUGAUAUUUCCAGUUUGCCACUUAAUAAAUCAAAUAAACGGUCAUCAGUCACACCAUUUUUUGAUACUUCUGGUUCGCCAUCUAGUAAAUCAGUUAAUCGAUGGUCAUCAUCAGAAGUUAGAAUGCUUAUUGAACAAGUAGGAAAACAUCAACAUUCUUUACAACAAGUAAAAGAUCCAAGAGAAAAAGGACGAAUCUGGAAUAGAAUCAUUUCUAUUAUUCAAAAUUCUGAUCUUGCAAGUUCAGCUUUAAAAAAUCAUACAAAGGCAUCAAUUCAGCAAAAAGGGGACUCAUUACUUCAGAAAUAUCGUGAUAUAAAGGAUAGAAUUAUAAGCACAGGUGAAGAAGCUGUUCAAAAUGACUGGGAGUUUUUUAAUGAUAUGGAUAAAUAUUUGAGCAAAGAUCCAA